UCAGAGCACCCGGCAGCCAUCGCCACGCUGGAGCAGCUCCAGCUCGGGCUGGCUGGGCGGCCUGGGCGCUGACUGAGAACAAACUAGUUUGGAAUGCCGUCACUAUGGCGACAGCACUGUGGAAAAGCGUUCGUUUUCGCUAACGUGGGUGCUUCUCCGGGCGGUCCCUCGGGCUCGCGGGGACUGGGCUCUGUUGCGGCCCGCGCCCUACUCCCCGGCGCCGCGCGUUCGCCGUCGCGCUUUGUCCCGGCGCGGCCCCCGUCCGCCUCCCGGGUCUCCUCUGCCCGCCUGAGACAAGUUAGGCUCGUCCGGGUGCUGAGUGAAGGGCUGGGUGACCGCGGGCGAGGAGCGUGUCCGACAGGAGCAGCCUGCUCGCCACCCCGCUCUUGCGUGAAGCCCAGUGCCUCAUUAACCCAAGGACCUCACCAACUGGAAGCUGCAGUUUUCACUAUCAACCUACCACAUCCCUCUUGAUCUGGUUUUCUUCCUCAGAAAGUGGAAGCACCUCUUUCAAGUUAUUUUUGUUGCAAACUUAAGCAAAUGGCUGACAAUGACAUGGAUAAAAAGUCUGCAACUUGCCCUGACUGUUCAUCCUCUCAGAGUGAUCUUUGUGUGUGUGAAGGAGGCAAUCCUCCAGUUUUGGUGGUGGAAAUGUCAGAGACAUCAAGUAUUGGUAGUGUAGAAAUUUUAGCUUUACCAGAGAGAAAAAAAGAAAGGAAUGGCAGCAAAGAAGUUCCUACGAAAGAGUUGCCCACAAAAGUCCUAAAUGUAGACAGAAAAGCCUCUCAACAACAAUGGAAUCGGGGCAGUGUCACAGAAGGAAAAGUUCCUCACACAAGGAUGGAGAAUGGAAUGGAUAUUGAGGAAUUCUAUAUCUUUGGAAAAGUAUUGGGACAAGGGAGCUUUGGAAUGGUCAUUGAAGCUACAGACAAGGAAACGGGCAUGAAACGGGCAAUUAAAAAAGUGAAUAAAGAAAAGGCUGGAAGCUCUGCUGUGAAGUUGCUUGAACGGGAGGUGAACAUCCUAAAAAGCGUCAAACAUGAACACAUCAUACAUCUGGAGCAAGUGUUUGAGACGCCUAAGAAAAUGUACCUUGUGAUGGAGUUGUGUGAGGAUGGAGAACUCAAAGCAGUUCUGGAUAAGAAAGGACACUUCUCAGAGAAUGAGACAAGGCUCAUCAUUCAGAGUCUCGCAUCAGCUAUAGCAUACCUUCACAACAAGGAUAUAGUGCAUAGAGAUCUAAAACUGGAAAACAUAAUGGUUAAAAGCAGCUUUAUUGAUGAUAAUGGUGAAAUGAACUUAAACAUAAAGGUGAGUGACUUUGGCUUAGCCGUAAAGAAGCAUGGCUCCAGGAGUGAAGGCAUGAUGCAGACAACAUGUGGCACACCUAUCUACAUGGCACCAGAGGUUAUCAAUGCCCAUGACUACAGCCAGCAAUGCGACAUUUGGAGCAUAGGUGUCAUGAUGUACCUCUUAUUAUGUGGAGAGCCACCCUUCAUGGCAAACUCAGAAGAAAAGCUCUUUGAACAAAUAAGAAAGGGAGAACUACGAUUUGAAGAUGCUAUCUGGGGUUCUGUAAGUGACUCUGCAAAAAAUGUUUUGAGACAGCUUAUAAAAGUAGAUCCUGCUCACAGAAUCACAGCUAAGGAACUUCUAGAUAACCAUUGGUUGACAGGCAAUGUGCUCUCUUCCGUGAGACCAGCCAAUGUAUUAGAAAUGAUGAAAGAAUGGAAAAAUAACCCAGAAAGCGAUGAGGAAUCCAAGAUAGAGACGACUAAGCAGCCCUAUAAAGGAAAGUCGAAAAGUAACCAAUUCAAGGGAAAGGUCCUGGAUGUCAAUAACAGUCAGACUACAAACAUGGAAAAACAGUCCACUCCUGCAGCCAAGAAGGCAGAUGCAGUCGACAAUGACACGAGUGGUUCAAAUUCAGCAGCUACCUCCUCUGAAGUCAAGAGAGAAGCAGAGAAGAGCACUGGGACUGCAAGCCAGGGAGCAGUGAGCAAAUCCACCCUCAAAUCCUCCAGCCAGGUUCGAGGCAAAAAGAAACCCUAAGGCUCUGUUCAGCGCUGAACAGUCCAAGAGCAAAUGGCUCCUCUAGCACCGGAGGGUGGGGAUGGGCCAAGGACAGCACUGCACUGAGCUUUCAGCCUUUGGCUCUGCUGAGCCCUGCAACGUGUUCACAUCAGUUUAAAACCGAAGUUAGUUAUCUCCAAAGCAGCAUAAGUGGCAUGGGGACAGCCAUCGCCAUGCUUGUGACCUGCUGCAACUCAUACCAACUCGGUAUUCCUGGCUUGUUUAAGGGGCAGUUGCAAGGCUGUGGGUGCACUUGCUCAGUUUUACUUCAAAUUCUAAAAUUUAGGCACAGUUAUUUCUAAGGGAAGGCAAGAGGCCAAAUACAGUGAUGGAGGGUUGUAAAUAGGUGUUCUUCGCAACAAGAGAUGUUGUUAGAUUACUAACAAAAUCACCAUAGGCAUUGUGGACGAAGCACUUCAUCCUCACGUGUUCUUGUGACUCUGGCUGCUGUAGAUUAUUUAAGAAAACUUAUUUUAAACAUAGAAAAUAGGACAUUUUGUAACUGCUUGCCAGUGACUUGCUACAUUUCUACUAUAUCGAUUAAAUCAAUAAAAGCUGGGUGUUACCUGUG